AUGAAAGAAAUUAUAUUAAGUUUUUAUUGUAAUAAUAUAUUUUAUAAAAUUAAUUAUAUUAAUAGUAAAUUUUAUAUUAUUUAUACUAAUAAAUAUUUAACAAAAUUAGAUAUAAAAUAUAUUAUUAAAAAUAUAUUUAAAUUUAAUAUUAAUAAAAAUAAUAUUAAGAUUAAUAGUAUAAAUAAAAAUAAUAUUUUAAAAAUAUAUUUUAUAAAAUUAAAAUGA